AUGGACAGGUUUCUUCGCUCGCAGGAGGCUGACUUAGCAACUGCAAGAAAGCCCCCCUCAAGUGCAUGGAGGCGUGGGCUAUUAUCAAAUCUUCGGGAGAGGCUGCCGCAUGCGGAAACACCGAGCGCUGUUCCCCCCAGCAGUCCUCCCCAGACCGCCGCUGCAUGCACAGCUGCAAGCCCUUCAAAAGCGUCGCGUGCAGCACCAGCCGCAGCUGCCACCACCCUUCGCAACAAGCCAGAAAAAGCUGAUGGAGGGAUAGGUAAAGGGACGCCGCAUCGUGAGACUUCCGCUGCUCUUCAGCCACUGCAGAGUGGCAGUGGCAGCAGCACGGUGAGGGAGCUGAUUGAGCUCGACAGCGAGGAGGUUGAGGAUGACGAGGAUGACGACUGCCUCUUCCUAGGAAGAUUCCCCAAGGCACCAGAAACUGAAGGCGGGCCAGCUGCAUUGCGGGCAGGUUACUCAGAGGCUCAGCAUACAGCAAGCCGCAGAGAAGCUGGUGCGGCGCCUCUACUAGCGGAUGCAGCAUCAUCCUCAUCCUCAUCAUCAGCAGCAGCAGCAGCACGCGCAGAGGAGGUGAGCAUUGACUCCAGCGAUGAUGAGCCACAGAUGUGCGGGUUUACGGGCCCAGAUGCCGCACGGCCUGCCCUGUUUGCGGUGUAUCCACAGCAGCAGCAUUUGCAGCAGCAAGGGGGCAGCGUUUGGAACGGAGAUGCAGCAGCCUUUUUGUGGGGGGAAUUCAGCAGAGAAGAGAGUGGAUGUGGUCGGCGCUAUUUGAGUCGUAUGCGGUCAGAAGCAGCCAGCGAACAAGACGAGGCAGCAGCAGCAGCAGCAGCUGCUGCAACGGCGGUGAGAGGUGUAUCAGCUGAUGGGCAAAGUGCCUCUCCACGUGUGGGGCCUCCGGAUAUGCGGCCUUUGGAUUUGCUGCCGUACAUUGUGAUCCAACAAGGGCUUUCGCAACGUCUGCAGCUGUUGCAUCACCAGCAGCACUUGCAGCAACAGCUGCUGCAGCAGGAGCACCGCCGCAUGGUGGCGACCAUGCGGCCGCAGCAGAGCCUUGCUGCAGGCUCGUUGGGUGCAGCAGCAGCAGCAGCUGCUGCUGCUGGUCCGGCUAUACGCCGGAGAGCUAGGAGGGCACUUCUGCCGUGGCAGCGGCAGGAUGCCGCUGCCGCUGCUGCUGCUGCUGCUGCACCGGAGGCUCACGCGUCCGAGGAAGCACUGCAAGCGUUGCAGCAGCAGCAGCAUUUGUGGUGGGAGUCUGGAUUUGGGCAGCAGGAGCCGCAGCAGCAAGGAACGCCCGCGCAUGUCUUGCAGCAGCUGCCGGCACUCCCCUUUAAGAGCCGGCCAAAGGCGUCCUCCAGUAGACGUUCCUCUGGCAGUAGUGGCUCUGCGGCACGCGAGGAGGGGGGGGAGAGGGACAAGUGUGCGAUUUGUUUGGAUCUGUUUGUCGAGGGGAAGCUUGUUCGGUUUCUCCCCUGUCUUCAUUUCUUUCAUGCGAGCUGCGUAGACACCUGGCUGCAGCAAAGCGACAAAUGCCCGGUUUGCAAAUGGCCAGUUCAAAACACAGCCCUCCCCGAGGCAGAAGUUGUUGCGUAG